AUGGCUUUUGCCUCUAUCCGUGGGGCCAAACGAGACAUCCCAGACGCAGCCAUGUUUGCUGCCCACUUUGCCCUAUUCCUGAGAAGGGAACAGAGGGGAGGUUCUGCUUUUUCUCCUGCGUCAACCAUCAGUCAGACGAAAGCACGGGCACAAGCUUCCAUUUUAGCUCGUGAACUGGGAUGCCCUUCAGCCAGCAGCGAAGAAACCGUAUCCUGCCUCCGCCAGCUGCCUGCCAAAGUCCUCAACGAUGCACAAACCAGGCUCCUGGCUAUAAGUGGACCAUUCCAGUACUGGAGCCCAGUCGUUGACGGUGUCUACCUUCAGGAGCCUCUCGCAGAAGCUCUGCAACGUUCUCGACCUUCGGAGGUGGACCUGCUGAUUGGAAGUGCUCAACAAGAUGGGCUGAUCAGCAGAGCAAAGGCAGUUAAGCGAUUCGAAGUAAGCCAAGGCCGCGUCAACAGCAAGGUAGCCUUUUAUAAGGCUCUCCAAAACUCCCUGGGCGGAGAAGACGCCGAUCCUGCCGUGCUGGACGCAGCCACCUGGUUUUAUUCCCUGACGCACUCCUCCACCGAGUACGCCUCCUUCUCCAGGGCUUUGGAAAACGCCACACGGGACCAGUUCAUCAUUUGCCCCACAAUAGACAUGGCUCGGCACUGGGCUGGCAAUGGCAGAGGGAAAGUCUUCAUGUACCAUGUCCCAGACACCUCCUCCCUGAGCAGCUCAAGCCUGGAGUUAUUGCCUGAUGUCCAGUAUGCCUUUGGACUGCCUUUCCAUCCCCAGUACGAAAACCAGUAUACUCCGGAAGUGAAGACCCUCUCCUUAAUGGUCAUGCAGUUCGUAGCCAACUUCAUAAGAUCUGGUGUUGCCAAGAGCUAG